AUGAAUGCUUUACGGGGUAGUCGGGAUCCAGCUUCUUUGGCACGGUUUAGGCAGCUUGAUGAGCAGUUGAGUGUGGUGCUAGCUCAGGAGGAGGUUUUCUGGAGGCAACGUGCUAAGCAGCACUGGCUUCAGGGGUUGACAGAAAUACAAAGUUCUUUCACAAGGGGGAAUCCAGGGGUUUUUAAUGUUGAUACCUUGCAGCCUUGUGUGACCAGAGAACAGAAUGAUGAGUUGCUGCGCCCCUUUGAGCCGGAGGAGGUGCGGAGUGCUCUAUUUUCUAUGGGCAAGGAUAAAUCUCCAGGACCGGAUGGCAUGAAUCCUGGCUUCUAUCAGGCCUUCUGGGAUGUCAUAGGUAACGAUGUUUCUGAUUUUGUGCUUAAUUGCUUGUCUGAGAAGUCUUUUCCUGCAAAUUUGAAUGAUGUUAAUAUUGUUUUGAUCCCGAAGAAAUGCUCCCCUGUGUCUGUAUCUGAUUUAAGGCCGAUAGCUUUGUGUAAUGUGUUGUAUAAGAUCAUGGCGAAGAUGAUUGCAAAUCGUAUGAAACCAUUACUUGAGGGUUUGAUUUCUGUUUCGCAAAGUGCUUUUUUACCGGGUAGGUUGAUUUCAGACAAUAUACUUAUUGCGUCUGAGGUUGGCCAUUAUUUGAGGAGGAAACAGUUGGGGCAGGUUGGAUGGGCGGCCUUGAAACUUGAUAUGGCGAAAGCCUAUGACAGGAUGGAGUGGCCUUUUGUGCAACGGAUGAUGACUGGCUUGGGUUUUGAUGAUAGAUGGGUCCAGAUUCUCAGGCUUAAGGCCUUUUACAUGGGUACAGAGUGGCAAGGGGGGCUCCAUCUAUCUCACAUCUGUUUUUUUGCAGAUGAUAGCUUACUUUUCUUUAAGGCUAAUAUGCAGGAAGUUCUGGAGGUAAAGAAAUGUCUGGGGAUUUAUGAGGCUUUCUCUGGGCAGGCGGUAAAUUUCCAGAAAUCAAGCAUUACGUUUAGUCGUAAUACGCAGGUGGGGGUAAGGGACCUGGUUGCAGAGGCAUUGGGGGUGGGCCAAGAGGAUGAUUUCGGGAAAUAUCUUGGUUUGCCUUCGGUUGUUGGCCGUAAUAGGAGAACAAUAUUUGCAUAUGUAGAGCAAAAAUUGAGGCAGAGGUUUGGAUCAUGGAACAAGAAGUUGCUGUCUAAGGCUGGGAAAGAGGUGCUCUUGAAGAGUGUAGCGCAGGCAAUGCCCACCUACACAAUGAGUAUUUAUUUACUUCCUACAUCUUUGUGUAUUGCUCUUGAAAGGUUGAUGAAGAGGUACUGGUGGGGACAGAGUGGCUCACAGAAUAGUAUUCACUGGAUGUCCUGGGACCGAAUGUGCGUCCCUAAGAAGUUUGGAGGUAUGGGUUUUAAACGUUUACAUGAGUUUAAUAUUGCUCUGUUAGCCAAGCAGGGGUGGCGGCUAUUAACCAGUCCGGAGUCCCUUGUGGCUCGCGUGUAUAAAGCCAGGUACUAUCCUUCAUCCUCUUUUUAUGAAGCCACAAUUGGUGGUAACCCGAGUUAUGCGUGGAGGAGUAUAUUAGCAGGGCAGGCAUUGCUAAAGUCUGGUUGUAGGCGUAGGAUUGGUAACGGAAGGUCCACAAGGGUAAUUAAUCAUCCGUGGUUGCCCGAUGCUGUUGAUCCAUAUGUAGCCUCGACCCAUCCAGGUCUGGGGCAGGAGCUUCUGGUUUCGGACUUGAUUGACAGUACCACGAGCGGUUGGAAUAAUGACCUGCUAGUUGAGUUGUUUGCCCCACAUGAUGUUAUGUUGAUUAAACAGCUUCCUGUGUGUUUGAAUUGUGAUGAUGACUGGUUUUGGGACAGGGAUCUGUGGGGUUGCUACUCAGUUAAAGAUGGUUACAGGAGGAUGGGAGAGGUCAAUGGCCCGUGUUUGCCUGCAUGGAGUAAUUUGUGGAGUUUACAGGUGUGGAAUUUCUCUCAUCUGCUAAUCCCUACUUUUGACAACAGGAAUUUCAGCCAGUGGACUGAUCUUUGGCUUGGCUGCACGAGUAUCUAUAAUGCAGAACAACGGGGGAGGAUUUGUGGCUUGUUAUACGAUAUUUGGACUGCCAGGAAUGAGGCGGUUUGGGAUGGCUAUUUGCCAAUGCCAGGCGUGGUGGUAAGGAGGUUCACAGUGAAGUGGAACUCUUGGACUACUGUUGAACAGCAACGGCGAAUCACGCCCAGAGCCCAUGAACCCGCCAGUACAGCAACAAUGUUAGAUGAUGGUGUGGUCUGUCAUGUUGAUGCAGGUUUCAAUGGUCCGACACAGGCACCGGCUUACGGUUUUGUAGUGCAUGAGAAAGAUGGAACCUUUGUGGCGGCAGGGAAUGGCCCUCUUAUUUGCCCAUAUGACCCCCUCUUGGCGGAAGCAAUGGCUAUGCGUGAGGUUUUAUCAUGGCUAAGGGAGAAUGGAUACUCGAGGAUUUUAGUGUGCUCCGAUAGUCUUGUUUUAGUUUCCAGUCUUAAGCAUGCAAGAUCAUUCCGUACUUAUUUUGGUAAUGUUUUGUUAGAUUGCAAUCGUUUGUUGUCUGCUAUGACUAGAUCAGUUGUUAUUCAUGUUCGUAGGGGAGAAUUACAGGAUGCCCAUGUCAUGGCUAAGCAUGUAAAUGCCUCUUUGGCGCGAACUGUCUGGAGGGAUUUACCUCAUUCUUUUCUUGAGCCUGGAAUGGCUAAUGCAUUAUAA